UCUCAUCUCUCUCCCCCGAGUCCCCUCGCCUCCCCCAAACACACUAAAAAACUACACUCCAAAAUCUGCACAUUUUCCAAACCCCCACCCCACCAACUGCUCUCUCUCUCUCUCUCUCUCACACACACACACACACACACCAACACUCAAUUACUGAUUUACACUAUCCAUUUAUACACACACAUAUACGUAUUAUGUCUGUGUGUAUACACGCCUCAACUCCGAUCGUUCUACUUCGCGAUUGCUGAGUAAGUCUCCCUCCCUCCCUCUCUCUCGCUACAUUUAGAUACAGCCGCUAUGCGUAUCGAUUAUAAACUGCGGGACUAAACAUAGGAUUUAUGCAUGCAAUUGAGUAGCCAUCGGAAAAUCUGAAAUGGGGCAUAAGAAGCGAAACGUCGCUCCUCGCUCCAAACCAUCCCAACCGCCGUGUGCGGCGGUGGUCGCGGACGAUGCCGUCGCUGCCAACGGUGGGGCUUCAAUCCUAGAGAAUUCCCCAAACCCUUCCGGGAAAAAAAUUGCAAAAUCGCACCCUGCGGAUUCGGAGGGCAAUGGCAAUAGCAAUAGCAAUGCAAACCCUUGUUCGCCCUACGCUUCGAUUAAGCUUGAAUGCGAGCGCGCCCUCACAGCGCUGCGCCGCGGGAACCACACUAAAGCCCUAAGAUUGAUGAAGGAUUUGUGCUCCAGGCACGAGAAUUCCACGCACUCGGCGCUGAUUCACCGAGUUCAGGGGACUGUUUGUGUGAAGGUGGCUUCUAUAAUUGAUGACCCCAAUGCCAAACAGCGGCAUUUGAAGAAUGCGAUUGAGAGUGCGAGGAAGGCGGUAGAUUUGUGCCCCAAUUCUAUUGAGUUCGCUCAUUUUUAUGCGAAUUUGUUGUAUGAAGCUGCGAAUGAGGGCAAGGAGUAUGAGGAUGUGGUGAAAGAGUGUGAAAGGGCUUUGGCGAUUGACAACCCCGUGGACCCCGCUAAGGAGAGUUUGCAAGCAGAGAAUCAGCAGAAGAUUUCCACAGCUGAGGCUCGUGUUGCCAAUGUUCAAAGUGAGCUCAAGUCAUUGAUUCAGAAAUCAAACAUUGCAUCCAUUUCGACUUGGAUGAAGAAUUUGAGCAAUGGGGAUGAGAAGUUUCGAUUGAUUCCAAUCAGGAAGAUGCCUGAGGAUCCAAUGGAGAUCAGAUUGAUUCAGGCAAAGAGGCCAAAUGAGAUUAAGAAAGUUGCCAAGACAGAUGAGGAACGGAGGAAGCAAAUUGAGGUGAAAGUAGCAGCUGCCAGGCUUUUGCAGCAGAAGUCAGAGUCCUCUUCUUUAGGAAAUGAUGGGGACAGUAGUAACAAUAAUGGAAAGGGUGUAGAUUCUUGUCCAGGUACUGGACAGAGAACAGGAGAGAGAAGGAGGCAUGGGAAUUCAAGGAAAAAUGCAUCAUCUGAUGAGAGGAGAGAUUGGGUGCGAUCAUAUUGGAACUCUAUGAGUUUGGAUGCAAAGAAAGAUUUACUUAGAAUUGAGAUUUCUCAACUAAAGGCCCAUUUCAGCUCAUUGAAGGAUGUCUCACCAAGUGACGUGCUUAAUGAGGCUUUAUCUUUUGGAGUAACGAACAAAAUGUGGAAGUUCUGGUCAUGCUGUCGCUGCAAUGAGAAAUUUGCUGAUGUGGAUUUGUUCAUGCAACAUGUCGUGGAGGAGCAUAUGGGCAGUUUAUUGCCCAAAAUGCAGUCAAUUCUGCCUCAGUGUGUGGAGAAUGAAUGGGCUGAAAUGCUUUUAAACUGUGCUUGGAAACCAUUAGAAUUGAACACAGUGAUUAGGAUGCAUAGGAAACAAUCAACCUUAGAAGCACCUGAUUUCUUUGAAGAACCAUACUCCAGGCAUGGCAUGGAUGAUUCCAAAGAAUGCUUUGUUGAUACUUACUCUAAUGAAUACGAAUGGGAUUCACCAGGUAAUAAAAGACCUGGUGAUAACUUCAAUGAUGGUGCCCAGGAUGGCAGGGACUUUGAGGAUGUGGAAUGGAUGGAUUGCGAUGGAGAUCAGAACAGCAAGGGAAGUUUACUUAACGAAAACUGGCCUCUAUCUGAUGAUCCUGAGCGUGCAAAGCUUCUAGAGAAAAUCCAAGUCAUUUUCCAGUCACUUAUUAGAAACAAGUAUCUCUCUUCAAGUCACCUUAGCAAGGUUAUACACUUUGCUGUGGAGGAGCUGCAGAGCCUUGCUUGUAGUUCACAACUUCUUAGUUCCAACUUGGACCAAACCCCUUUAUGCAUAUGUUUUCUGGGUGCUCCGGAGCUUAAGAAAAUCCUGAAAUUUUUGCAGGAAAUUUCUCAUUCAUGCGGACUAAGUAGAUAUUCUGAUAAAAGUAAUGCUGCGGAUAAUUCAAACACUGGGAUGCAUGGUGUUGACUUUGUGGAGAAGAUGAUUUUUAGCCAAGAUGCUUUAUUUUUAAUGCUUGACGAGCAUUUUCUUCCCUGUAAGGUCCCUCGCGUAUCUAGUGAUGACACGGUCAGUUGUUCCAGUGUGGAUACUUCAUCCCAUGUAUAUGAGAAUGGUAUAGUACUUGAUUCAGAUGCAUUGUUAUCCUGGAUAUUUAAAGGCCCCUCAAGUGGUGAGCAAUUGACUUCCUGGAUGCGAGCGAAAGAGGAGAAAGCUCAGCAAGGUCUUGAAAUUCUUCAGUUGCUUGAGAAAGAAUCUUAUCAUCUGCAAGGCUUAUGCGAGAGAAAAUUCGAACAGUUAAAUUAUGAGGAGGCAUUGCAAGCCGUGGAGGAUCUCUGUUUGGAAGAAGGGAAGAGAAGAGAACAUGUAACUGAUUUUGUCCGUCGCAGUUAUGACUCUGUUCUCAGGAGAAGGCAAGAAGACCUUGGUGGCAAUGAAAAUGAAAAUGAAAAUGACAUGGCCAUUAUGAACAAUAGAUUUGAGUUGCAGGCAAUAAAGAAUGUUCUAAAGGAUGCAGAGUCCCUAAAUGUUAACCAAUUUGGUUUUGAGGAGACCUACAGCGGUGUGAGAUCACAUCUUUGUGACCUAGAAUCUGGUGAAGAUGAUGAUUGGAGAACAAAAGACUAUCUGCAUCAGGUGGAUUCUUGCAUAGAAGUUGCAAUACAGAGACAGAAGGAGCAUGGUUCUCUUGAGAUCAGCAAGCUCGAUGCAAGAAUCAUGCGGAUACUCGUUGGGAUGCAGAAGCUGGAAAUUGAGCUUGAUCCUGCAUCUUCCCACGAUUACCGGUCAAUUUUAAUACCUCUGCUUAAAUCAUUUUUGCGGGCACGCUUGGAGGAUCUGGCUGAGAAAGAUGCCAGGGAAAAAUCAGAUGCUGCCAGAGAGGCAUUUUUGGCUGAACUUGCUCUGGAUUCCAAGAAAGGCAUCACCUCAGGAGUUGACAAUUCAAAACAUGAAAAGUCGAAGGAGAAAAAGAAGAGUAAGGAGGGUCGGAAAACCAAGGACUCAAAGGCUAGUCAUUGGGAUGAGCCGCAUGAUCAGAUAUCUGGAGAGAUAUUGCUUCCAAGUGGGCACGAUGAGGAGGUUGCAUGCUCUGAAUUCGCCGAGAAUGGAACUGACGAAGACUUAAGACUACAGGAAGAGGAGUACAAACGCAAAAUUGAACUUGAAGCCGAGGAAAGAAAGCUUGAAGAAACUUUGGAAUAUCAAAGACGAAUAGAAAAUGAGGCAAAACAAAAGCAUCUAGCUGAGCAACAUAAAAAAACCUCAAAAGUUGCAGGGGAGAAGGCGAAGCUAAUUUCAACAUCUGAUUCUUACUUUAGGUGCAACGAUGGAGAAAAAGAUGUCAAUGGCCAGUGGACAAAUAGAAAGGAACCUUCAAUCCAGAAGGAAGCAUUGACCGAAAGUGUGCUAAGUGACUCUUCUGAUGGAGCUGUGAUGCGAAAUGGCUUAUCAAAUGGAACUAUUCCACAACCACAAGAAGGAGGUUUCACUGAACAGCGCUCAGCAAAGAGGGGUAAACGGCACAAGGCUCUAAACAAACCAAGUGACAGAAAAUCCCCUCCUCUGACUUCUGAAAAGGAAGAUAAUGGUUCUGUUCAGCCUAGACAUGAGCUAAACUUGCAUGGUGAUGGCGAUAAUGGAGGAAAAACAUUGAGACAGCUUCAGGCUGAGGAGGAUGAUGAAGAAAGGUUUCAAGCCGACCUUAAAAAAGCUGUCCGCCAAAGCCUUGAUGCAUUGCAUGCACAUAAAAACCUACCUGUCAAGCCAAGUUUGGUAUUGCCACAUAAGGGAAUACCAGAAACCAGCGACUCAUGUGUUUCAUGCGGUGAAGGUGUGACUGAUGUUAAUGGAAUGGACACAUAUGGAACAGGGCUAAAAAAUGAAGUUGGUGAAUAUAAUUGCUUUCUGAAUGUCAUAAUACAGUCUUUGUGGCACCUAAGACGGUUCCGAGAAGAAUUUAUGCGGAGAUCAGUGUCAGAACAUGUUCAUGUUGGUGAUCCUUGUGUUAUUUGUGCUUUGUAUGAGAUCUUCAUUGCUCUGAGCAUGGUAUCUAAAGAUAACCAGAGAGAACCUGUGGCCCCUACCUCUUUGAGAGUUGCUCUAAGCAACUCGUAUCCUGAUAGUAAUUUCUUCCAGGAGGGUCAAAUGAAUGAUGCUUCUGAAGUGCUGGGUGUAAUAUUUAAUUGUCUACAUCGAUCAUUCACUCCUGGACCUCAUGCGUCUGAUGUGGAACCAGUAGAUAGAGCUGGAACAGAUUCCUGGGACUGCACUAAUGCUUCUUGUAUUGCACAUUCACUUUUUGGAAUGAACAUUUCUGAGAGGAUGGACUGUUACAACUGUAGCUUGGAGUCCAGAUGUCUGAAAUACACAUCUUUCUUUCACAACAUCAAUGCCAGUGCUGUUAGAACAAUGAAGGUUAUGUGCCCAGAAAGCUCCUUUGAUGAGCUUCUGUAUCUGGUUGAGAUGAAUCACCAAUUAGCUUGUGAUCCCGAGGCUGGUGGCUGUGGAAAGCUCAACUAUAUUCACCAUAUACUCUCCAGCCCUCCACAUGUUUUCACAACAGUCCUGGGCUGGCAGAAUACUUGCGAGAGCGUUGAUGAUAUAAUGGGGACAUUAGCAGCCUUAUCUACUGAGAUUGAUAUCAGUGUCCUUUAUCGUGGUCUUGAUCCAAAACAUAAGCGUCAGUUGGUUUCAGUGGUUUGCUAUUAUGGGCAGCACUAUCACUGUUUUGCCUACAGCUCCGAUCAUGAACAGUGGAUCAUGUAUGAUGACAAAACUGUAAAGGUAAUUGGCGGCUGGAAUGAUGUCCUUACGAUGUGUGAAAGAGGACAUCUACAACCGCAAGUGCUCUUGUACGAAGCUGUGAACUAGUACCUUGUGGAAUAUCCUUGAGCUACUGAUUUUUGGAUCUAAUUAGCGACCCAAUCCCACCUGCACGAGGCUCUGAGCUAACUUUGACAGCUGAACUCGGGAAACAACAGUUGGUACGGCGCCCAUGAUUGUACUAUAUAGUGAAUCACCAUAAUAUAGAGUGAAGGGAAUGAAGACGGAUUAACUAUGCAAGGAGUAAGUCUUAACAACUCAUUGGGAAAAGAUGAUUAACCUACACCUGGUGCUCAUGGAACAAGUUGCUUCGCGGUCUUGCAGUUUUGAUACGGUAAGAAGACGUAAUAAAGAACCUCUUGGACUGGUUAAUUGUGCUUGAGCUCGUAGCCGAUUAUCCGUCACUGCAACUGUACACAGGAUCUUCUUGUACUUAGCUUCACAUCCCCCGAUUAUUUUCCGUCAUAGAGAAAUUUGUGUAUAGAUCAGAUCUUCUUCAUCCCUUUGGAAACACUCCCUGCAGCAUAUAUAGCAACUUUUUAAAUUUUUUUCGAUAUGGGGGAAAAGACCCUCUGGGGCUAACUUCAGUCAUGCUAAUGACAUUAAUUUUGGCAUCAAUGAAACAUGCUCAUAAUUUUUUUUUUC